AUGAAUAACAAGAAUAACAAAAAAUCCACAACACACCUAGUCAUUAAAUUUAAAAAAGAAACAGCAAAUGCAAAAGAAUGUAUCGACCUUGUUCCUAUCACAUGGACAUAUGCCGAAGAAAAUAAAUUAUAUUGUAAAUAUCCUGAGAAAAAUGAGUACUAUACAAUAGAUAGGAUGAGCAAAAAGUCUCUUAAACAUAAAGCAACCUGGAGAAGCUUUGAAAUUGAAAUAGUAAAAGAAGCUUGUAAUUAUGAACAAGGAGUAAGGCGAAUGAGGAAAGCAUUUUCCGAAUCUGUGGUCUAUAUUAGUAACUUGGACGAACAACUUAGUUCUGAAGAAGAAGCAGAUCCUAUUGUUUUAAGUAAAACUAAUCUUAAACAUUGUUUUAUGAAUGUCAAUACCAAAUUAAAAAAUACAGAUCAUGGAAAAAUAUCUGAGCAUUCAAGAGACAAAAACAAUGAUUCUUCUGUGGGUUCAUCUCCAACAUCGCUUAAAACUAUGAACAAAUUUACUGGGGAAAAAAAUCAGGAAAAAGCUAAAGAUGCCCCUUUAUCGAAAUCCCAUCUUGAGUCAAUGCGAAGAAGUAUUGAUUACCGCAUAAAAGAAGAGGCCAAAAUAACAAGAGCGUUAUUUACUGCAAGUAGUAGUUAUGUUGAUGUGGAAAAAAUAUUACAAGAACAAACUAUGACUGAUUUGCCAAAAAUGGAUCUAUCAAGUUUUAUACAUUUUGAUGAUGGAUUGAAAAAUGACAUUGAAUUAUUCAAAAAAAUGAAAUGUUUCAUGGCGUUGAACGUAAAAGGUACUAUGAAAUUAUCUGAAAACCUAACAGCUGUAAUUACGAAAAUAAUAUCGAAGGCUGUGCAACUUCAAUAUAGUGCAUUCGGCAGAGAAUGCAACGGUGUCAAGAAAUUAAACUUCUCGGAGACUCAAACAUACAAAUUGUUAUUAGAAGUGCUUUAUACAAAGUUUCCUGAUACCAACAACAAAGAGAUAUCAAACGUAAUUAGUCGUUGGUUUUCCGGUGCGAAAGAUAGAGAUGGUGGUAAGAAGGAGCGUAGUUUAAAAAAAAUGAGGUUGAAUGAAAAAGAUGAUGUUGUCCUUGAUUAA